GACACCACUCAAACUGUCGCAGCAGUACCAUCGCAGUGCUCAUCACUUCCAGAAAGUCACAAACUCGUCGAUGCUUUCGGCCGACAACAUAAGUAUCUCAGGAUAUCGCUGGUCGAGAAAUGCAACUUGCGAUGUCGAUACUGCAUGCCGGAGGAAGGCGUACAAUUGAGUGCAAGCGAUAAAAUCAUGCGUCUAGAAGAAAUCGUUCGCUUGGCAACAGUUUUCGCUGAAAGUGGUGUAAAAAAGAUUCGAUUAACUGGAGGCGAACCAACGCUACGGAAAGAUCUAGUAGAAAUAGUUGAAAUAAAUGGAAUUGAGCAUGUCGCAAUGACCACUAACGGAAUAGCAGCAAGAAGAAAACUUGAAACGCUCGCAAAAAACGGUUUGCGAAGUGUUAAUAUAAGUUUGGAUACGCUGGAUCCGGAGCGAUAUUUGGAGGUGACCAGGAGGAGAGGUCUUAAUGAAGUGCUGAGAACAAUUGAACUGGCCAUCAGUAUAUUUGGAUUUGUCAAGAUAAACAGCGUUGUUAUUCGAGAUUUCAACGAUGACGAAGUACCGGCAUUCGUGCGGCUAACACAAAACAAGAUAAACAACGUUGUUAUUCGAGAUUUCAACGAUGACGAAGUACCGGCAUUCGUGCGGCUAACACAAAACAAGAACAUUGAAGUGCGUUUCAUAGAAUACAUGCCAUUUAUGGGGAACAAUUUCACAACGAAAAAAUUGAUAUCAUAUAAGGAAUUGUUAAAAAGAUUGGACGGAGAAUUCCCACAAAUUUUGAAGAUCGCGAAUGAGCCGAACAGUACAGCGAAGAUCUACAAGGUGCAGGGGUUUCGAGGCACUUUCGGAUUCAUAUCGUCGAUGACGGAGCACUUCUGCGGAAGUUGUGAUAGGCUUCGCAUCACCGCUGACGGCAAUCUGAAGGUGUGUCUACAUGGGAGUAGUGAGGUUUCGCUUCGAGACAUAUUACGCAGCGGUGGUACCAAUGAGGAUAUCAGAAGAACCAUUAUUGAAGCUGUGAAACGCAAGAAGGAACGGCAUGCCGGUUCGCAUUUAUAUUCCAUUGAAUCAUUCUAG